CCAAAAUGCUUUCACAUCAAAGAAGCCCUAAUUAGAUACUUAGAAGACAUGGAAGAUAUCCAAGAUGCUUUAGAAGUUUCCGACCGAAAAGAAAAAACUUACACUACCGCCGAGUUAAAAAAAAAAUUAGCCAAAAUUGACCGAACCAUGGCUGAAAAAAUUGUUGACAAAGUAGAAAAUUAUUUAGUCCAAGACCCAAUUAAUUUGGGCGAACGACUGCUUUAUGACUACAAAAAACUUUACCGUUAUCGGUGUGGUGAUUAUCGGGUUAUCUAUGAAGUAAAAAAUUUAGAGUUAAUAAUCUCAAUAGUUAAAAUAGGUCAUCGGAAAGAAGUUUAUUAG